UAGCCCUUCUUUGGAACGCACAGCAAAGUCGACCUCCAAAAGUCAAAUGCAAUUACAAGGUGAAUUCUCCAAUGAAGAAAUUCGAAAACCAAGUCGCACAUCUGGAGAAAAUGCAGUUGGUCCUUGUGGGCAAAUUACUGAAAAUGGGGGAGGAGAAAACUCUUCCAACCACGGUAAAUCUCACAUUCUCCGCUCGGAAGGGGAACGUCAAGAAUUACUUUUUCGGGGUAUCAAUUCGUGGAAAGAGCGGAGAAACGAAAGAAGGGAAAACUUAGGCAUACAAAACGAACGAACUAGCAGCGAAAGAGAGAGUAAAAUUGAUGAAAAAAAUGUAUUUAAAUGUCCAAACAGAGAAAAAAUUGGAAGGUUACUCACAAUCCUGAGACCAUUGUUCAGAGUCGGUACCCUGGAGGGUUCUUCAUGGAAAGAAGACUACCCGAAAACAUCGUGCUACUUUGUACUCCCGGAUAGUACGCCUAAAUGGAGAAUUGAAGCCUCCAUGUCCCCUUUGUCGUACGAUAAUAGAUUCGACUCAUCUGGCAAUAAUCCAACCUUGGUAGUCGAAAUGAUCCAGACCGUUGUCGUAUUGCAAAAUCUCUUAAUAUAG